AUGUCACCAGUUAGUCAUCAAACAGAAGAUAUUGGAGAAAAUGUCCUGACUGUAUUUUUAGCUAUCCUUGUGUCAUUUUUUGGAUUUUUGGUCCUAAGCCAAGGUCUUUUUAAAGACUUUUGGAUAUUUCAAUUUUGCAUUGUUCUGGCAGGCUGCCAGUAUUCUCUCCUUAAGAGUGUUCAACCUGAUCCUGCUUCUCCAAUACAUGGAUACAAUCAAAUUAUUACAUACAGCCGACCAAUAUACUUUUGUUUGUUGUGUGGUCUAAUUUUGUUAUUGGAAGCUGGUUCAAAAAGUACAAGUUUACCAAUGACUACUUUUUAUGGAAUACAUUUGUUUACUCCAGAAUCUUUCCAAACAGCCCGAAAUCAAGUUAUUGUGAUAGUAAACUGUUUCCCCAUCAUGUCUCUUUUGGGCCUUUUUCCUCAAAUCAACACUUUUUGUAUAUAUUUUAUGGAGCAAUUUGACACUUUGGUGUUUGGUGGUUCAGCUGCUGUAGGAUUUGCCUCUGCCUUACACAAUUUAUUGCGCAGUACUGUAGUGGUUCUUAUGCUUUACUGUAUUUGCAUCAGUUCACUUAAGGAACCUUGGGAUAUCCGUCACAUUCCAGCCCUUUUUUCUGCAUUCUGUGGUCUUUUAGUUGCACUUUCAUAUCAUUUGAGCCGACACAGCAGUGAUCCAUCAGUACUUAUGUCUGUCAUUCAGUUUAAGCUGUUUCCACAAUUAUUCCACAAACUCUUGAAAAGUACUUUCACGGAGCAAGAGGACCCAUUACCAGAGAUAAUGCAGAGCUCAGAAUUGGAAGUUCUUAAGUCAGAUCUCAUUGUGUGCACACUGGUUGCUAUUUUAUCGUUUGCUGUUAGUGCCAGCACUGUUUUUCUAUCGCUGAGGCCAUUUCUCAGUAUUGUAUUGUUUGGCCUAGCACUGAUUGUGGGAGUAGUGGCUCAUUACAUUCUUCCUCAGCUUCGAAAACACCAUCCCUGGCUUUGGAUUUCACACCCAGUUCUUCAAAGCAAAGAAUACAGGCAAAGAGAAAUCCUUGAAGCAGCAAAGUUGAUGUGGUUUGAAAAACUUUAUGUAUGUCUUCUGUGUUUUGAGAAAUACAUCUUGUACCCAUCAAUAAUUUUACAUGCUGUUACAGUUCAUGCUUUUUCAAUCAGCAAACACAAACGAUUUGGAAUACAAUAUGAUACCCUUUUAAUAACCAUUGCUGGUAUGAAACUGCUUCGCUCUGCUUUUUCUGACCCUCUCCAUCAGUUUGUCACAUUAGGAUUCACUGUGGUCUUUUUUAAAUUUGAUUAUGGCACAAUCUCUGAGAGUUUCCUACUAGAUUAUUUCAUCAUGUCGAUUCUAUUUGACAAGCUCUGGGAUUUUCUUAAAAAACUACAGUACAUUUUGACGUAUAUCGCACCAUGGCAAAUUGCUUGGGGAUCAUCAUUUCAUGUUUUUGCUCAACUAUUUGCUAUACCUCAUUCUGCUAUGCUUUUCUUUCAAGUUGUUGUUACUUCAAUAUUUUCUACUCCACUAAGCCCAUUACUUGGCAGUGUAAUUUUUAUAGCAUCAUAUGCCAGACCAGUCAAGUUCUGGGAGAAAAACUACAACACCAAGAGGGUUGACCACUCAAAUACAAGACUUGUAAAUCAGAUUGAAAAAGACCCAGGAAAUGAUGACAAUAAUCUGAACUCAAUAUUCUAUGAACACCUCACAAGAUCACUUCAGAAGUCUUUAUGUGGUGACUUAGUUCUAGGACGAUGGGGAAACUACAGUGCUGGAGACUGUUUUAUCUUAGCAUCAGAUUAUUUAAAUGCAUUUGUGCAUUUGAUUGAGAUUGGAAAUGGCCUUGUUACAUUUCAGCUUCGGGGGCUUGAAUUCAGAGGGACAUAUUGUCAACAGAGGGAAGUAGAAGCUAUAACUGAGGGUGAUGAAGACAAUGAAGGAUGUUGUUGCUGCAAACCUGGUCAUUUACCACAUAUGUUAUCAUGCAAUGCAGCAUUUAACCUGAGAUGGCUGACAUGGGAAGUUACACGAACUCAGUAUAUCUUAGAAGGUUACAGUGUCAUUGACAAUAAUGCAGCAACUAUGUUACAUGUAUUUGACCUUCGCAAAAUUCUCAUCAAGUAUUAUAUAAAGAGCAUAAUAUACUUCACAACUAAUUCACCUAAGAUCUCAGACUGGAUAAAAGACGAAUCAAUACAAAAAGCUCUACAGCCAUACACCAAAUGGCAUUAUGUUGAAAAUGACCUUGCAAUGUUCAACAUUAAUGUUGAUGAAGAUUAUAUACCUUGUCUGCAAGGUAUUACACGAGCAAGCUUUUGCAGUGUGUAUCUGGACUGGAUUCAAUAUUGUGCUAAAAGGAGAAAGCCAAAUGUAAUUGAUUGUGAUGAAGAUUCUUCUCUAGUCACUCUUUGUUUUGGACUGUGUAUUGUGGGGAGACGAGUUUUAGGGACUGCAGCCCAUCACAUGUCCUUCAGCCUAGAUUCUUUUCUUUAUGGACUUCAUGCGCUAUUCAAAGGUGAUUUUCGAAUAGCCACUCGAGAUGAAUGGGUAUUUGCAGAUAUGGACUUGUUACACACCGUCAUUGCCCCAGCAAUUCGCAUGUCUUUAAAACUUCAUCAGGAUCAAUUUGCAUGUCCAGAAGAAUAUGAAGACUUUUCAGCACUGUAUGAUGCAAUUCAGUUGUUUGAGAAGAAAGUUUUUAUUUGCCAUGAAGGAGACCCUGCUUGGCGUAAAGCAGUCUUGUCAAACAGAGAUGAACUUCUUACCUUGAGGCAUGUCGUUGAUGAGGGAACUGAUGAGUACAAAGUCAUAAUGCUCCACAAAAGCUACCUCAGUUUCAAAGUUAUUAAGGUCAACAAGGAAUGUGUCAGAGGAUUGUGGGCUGGUCAGCAGCAGGAACUUAUUUUCCUUCGCAACCGUGACCCUGAGAGAGGCAGUAUCCAGAACAAUAAACAGGUUCUCAGGAACCUCAUCAACUCAUCCUGUGACCAGCCUCUGGGCUAUCCAAUGUAUGUUUCUCCAUUGACCACCUCUUAUGUAGGGACACAUGAGCAGCUCAGAAAUAUGUGGGGAGGACCAAUUAGUUUACACAACAUUCGAACAUGGUUUCGAGCAAAAUGGCUUAGGAUGAGAAAGGAAUGUGACACCAGCCAUAAUACUGCAGGAAACAUUGAAGAUGUGGAUUGUGGAGGAGCCUUUUCAAGUAGCAGUCACUCUGCAAGCAACACAAGUCAAUGCAGCAGAAACUCACACAUCAGAUGUAAUGAAAAGGCACAGCAAAAGUCUUUUGAGAGCAAUAGUCAUCAAAUAAUGGGAAGUAGAAAACAGCGGAGUCAGUCUGCACAGACACAUUCAUCAUUACAUCAAAGACCUGCGUCAAGCCUCUCUGGUCCAAACCUAGAAAGCCUCCAUCCAUAUUCUGGUCCAUCUACAUCUGACCACAAAAUGCACAACAGACUGUCCAGCAGUCAGCACUCCUUGAACAACUGCCCAGCCCCACCUUUUCCUCAUACUCCUGUAGUCUCUGUUGCAGCACAUAGGAACCGGCUUGAUCAAACUGGAAGGAUUCAGCAGUCGAGUCAAGCAUCAUCCACAAGUUCAACGUUAAGCCUUCUAUUUGGCAAGAAAAGCUUUUCCAGUGCAUUGGUUAUAUCAGGAUUGUCAGCCGCUGAUGGAGAAAACACAGCAGACACAUUGUCAUCGAGUAGUGUAAACAUUGCAAUAGGCCACCACUCUAGAGUGGGAAAUCAGACAUCACAGGACUGUAAAGCAUUGCGACCCAAGAAAUGGGACAAAACUGGUCAAGAACUGCUGAGAAGUGAAGGUACAGGAGCUCUAAGUCAGCUAAGUAAAUGA